AAGUUUGUUGACACGGAAUAAGAAAUACUAAAUUAUUAUCGUACAACACUGAAAAUGUGUCGUACUUUGAAUCGGUCCCGCUUGCAAGAAUGACAAAUAAGUUCAACGCCCAUGAUGAUACACAGAAUAUAAAAUCCCUAUCGCAGAGUCGUGCAAAAACUACAGGCGUAAUGCAACAAUGGAACAGAGCAAUACCAGAAUCCGACUACAUUCAACUGGGAACGCUGCGGUACGGAAUACGCUUGUCGAAUCAAAACCUGCUCAAUCUCAACGCUGGCACAGAAGACGCUCACCGCAACAGCGCCAAUGUUGCCACUCAAGCUAGAGUGUCGGUUAAUUCGCUCGACAAUUCAACGACCAACGGAAGUAGUAAUGUAAGUACCGGUGGUAACAGCAGCAAUAGUAGCAGUGCAACUAAUAAAGUUUGCUGCUGUGUUGGAAGCGGGGCGCUUGAAAUGCCAUGGAACAACAACUAUGCGCGCACGCGUUUACCGAUACCGAAUACUUCAGCUAAGAAUAGAAAAUCGUCGCCCUCCGCAUCGGCAGCAUCAUCCUCAUCGAAAUCCACUCAUCAGCAGUUGCAUUUUGCUCAGAAGCAAAUUAGUGCGGAGCAAGCAAGCAAAGGAAGACUACAGUAUAAUAGCGAGCCACCAAAAUCAUUUUCAUCCAACAACCGUGAUCAUAGUACUAGAAACGAUAGUGUUACAAUUAAACCAAACCGUGAAACAUCUCACACUUUGUUCCCAACCGUAUGUUGCUACAGUAACAGAUAUGCUAGUACUUCUAACAAAAAUACUAAAAAUAACAACUUAGUUAAAGUGAGCAACAAGUAUUCCGACAGCAAAAAACUUAAGAUAGUGAACAACAAAGAUGAACAAAAGAAUCAGUCUUCGAAUGGCGAUAAUCAUUCGCAUAAUAUUCAGAAAGGAACAAAUAUAGACAAUUUUCCAAACUCAAAAGAAUUAUGGCCAGAAUUUUCGGAACAUGGCGCUGCCAAAAGUGCACAGCAUCUCGGCGAAUUCGCUACGGUGGUUCGUAAAAAGGGCGUUUUCAAUAGCAGUGAAGGCAGUGUGAAGAAAAGCGUUGAUGGCAAUGAUUUAAAUUUAAAUUUCAGAAACGCAUCACUGUUAAAAGAAGCGUGGCCGAAAGAUGUGAACAUAAAUAAUUUGAAAAAAGAAAAUAUAUCAAGUGAGGUGUGUUUUGGACUGAAUUCAAGUGUGAGUUGUACAGGAUACAAUAACAAACGCGCUCUAAGGAAAAAUACUUCUUCAACUAGUGAUGAUGUUUGCGUGGAUAAAUUGUCGUCUGUGACGCCGUCGGCUAGCUCAUCACCAUUACUGCGAUCACCACAAACAGCAGUAGAAUCGUGGUCAUUUGAGGACGGUUUUGAGAUCGCGGUACCUCGAGCACCACUUUCUUCGCCAGUCCAUUCAGUGGAUAAUGAUUGUGUUCCGAGCAGUCCAACUUCAAGGGUUCCCUCGUCAACAGAUCCAUGUACACCCGCACUGAGUGCUACUGCGUAUGACGGGUUACGCCAUAUUUUCAACGAAUCAAACGACCACCAUUUGAGUUGCAUCGAUAGAAACAACAAACCUGCUAUAAAUAGAACAGCAGGCAAUCGCGAGAAAUCAAAACACAUCACCGAUUGUAAGCAAAAUGUGGAAGAAAAUCUUACGUAUGAAAAUGAUAUUCCUAAAUUUGAAUAUGUGGCACUAAGGAAAAGUUCACUUCCGGUAAUUAAUCAUGUGAACGGCACCCGGUCACAACCCGGCCGAAAACUUUCCUCUGAUAUUAUUAGUACAACGGGCAAUGCUCGCUCAGAUGGACUAUCUUCGAACGUGGUCAUUUGUCAUCUUACACCGAAAUUAGGUCCGGUGGACCAUUCGAACGUCGAAUCUCGUUUGCAGUCAUUGAACCGAUAUUGUGCUCAAAAUCUGAACCCAUGUUCGAAUUCAUCAGAUUUGGAAGAGUUUGGUUUCAUAGACUCUUCUGAUCUUUCAUCAACAGGAGAAGAUAUCAUAACGGUGAUCAGUGAAGAAAAUUAUCGUGAAUUUCAGAAAAAUCAUUCAAUACCACAAAGAAAUAAUUCUGUGAAUGAAGUGUGGAAUGGUAUUAGUGCUCCCGCUCAAAUCGCUAAUUACUACGUUGGUUGUUCAUCGGAUGAGCUUAGUAGUGUGUGUAGUGGCAGUGAAUCGAUUCCUGCGGCAGUAAUAAACGAGUACGUUAGGGAUUCAAGCCAGAGUACUAAUGAAAUCAACAGUACAAAAUACGACCAACCGCAUAAUUCCGAUUGUGAAGAAAACCGAAAGGAACAUAAACUUCAAUUUCCGAUCUGUGAACGAAACGCUGGUUCCAUUGUCCAAAAAGAUAGCAAUAACAAUCAACAUGUUAAAGACGGGGGCAAAGAGUUGAAGUGUGCUGUGUCUAAUAAUAGUAACAACCAAAUUGACGGUGGUGAGAGUAUUGUGUUUAAUAACCGAGGUUCACCAUCGUUGAGGAUCGAUAAUAUAUCAACAGAUAGCAGAUCAAAAAGUUGGAGUUGUUUUGGCAGAAAUCAGCUAUAUGCCAGGAUAUCUCCAGAUAAGCCGAUAAUGGACAAGCGAAACAAUACGCUAGAUCGAUUGCAAAAGCUGGUAAAAAAGACAACUUCAGGUAAUGAGAAAUCAAACGACAGACACGGUACGAAAACAGAGCGGCUUAGAGAACUAACGGAGCUAUUGAAAGGCAGCAGAGCUCCACCUAUACCGCCUCCCCGACGGGCGAAACAUUUACAGACUAUCGAACGCAAUCUCCAAAGCCCUCACACCACAGCAUCAACCACAAGUUUAUUGAACAUUGACGCCAUACACAGUAUUGAAAAUCGAAGUAAUUUGAAGAAAACAAAAGAAUCUCGAUCGAUAGAUAUUCCAUUUCAAUUUUCUGAAUGUAAUCGAGCAUCAACCCCUAGUUCACCGUUGACCGACCAUAAAGUUAACCUUAGGGCUAAUGCGAGUACUUCAAACCUCGAAUGCUUACAAAGUACGUCUACCAACGAUUCCAACGUAGAAGAAGCGAAAUCUGUAACAUCCUUCAGAGAUGAGGAAGACAUUUUCUGCAAGCUUCCAAAACCAGAAUCACGAACGAUCGUUGGAUCAUACACGCAAAAAACUAUUCCAUUCAGAAGCGCCUCUUUUUCUCAAGUGGAUUAUACUUCUGGAAAAUACAUUCGUUCGGCUUUAGGAGCCAUUAAAAACAGUCUGUUGCGAGGCAAAGACAAUUCUGUGAUGGAGAAUACUCCGCUACCGAAAGAAAAUGCAAAGGACUUUAUGCGAAGUUGUAGUCCAACACAACUCUUCUCAACUUCGGAGUCAGAUUCUGUGAUUGAUGAUAAUGAAGUUUCUAGAAUACCUAUUAAAAAAACAGAAUUAAGCAUCAAUCUUUCACCACCAGAUUUCGAUAGAAGUGAUGGGUUGGAUGGCAGGGAAUUAUCAUCGAAUAGAAAUUCUGAUAUAGAAACCAUUGUAGAAGAUCCUGAAGCUGAACACUUUGAAACCAUAGAAACGGAAGUCAUUGAGCAACAGAAGGCAGAAAUCAAUGUUAAUCAGGCUUCAGAAAUGGUAUUGGAAUCUCUGAUAGAAGAGGGCAUUCCCAUCACACCACAAUCUCUACCCAAGGACGAAGAAUGUUUACAGCAGGCAACAACUUGCCUCAUACCGGUACCAGUUUAUGAUUGUGUUGUGAGUGAAUGGAGUACGGCUCGCCCCUCCGAACAAUGGAUUGAUGCAGCAGCCACAGAAUGUUCUAAAUUUAUUGACAGUAUUACAGUAACUGAAGAAAAUGAAGCAGACCUGUGUGAACCUUGUGCCAGUAUUAUGGAUGAAUUAGUGGUAGACAAACUGUCUGAAAAAAUAGAACCAAUUCCGGCAGAAAUUGUAGAUAGUGAAGAUGUGAAUACAAUUAAGUUGACUAGCGAAACCGACAUUGUUACUCCCCCAAUAUCAAUAGUAUGUACAGAACCUGAUAGUUUAGUAAGUACUACUAUCAUAGAAACUCCUCCAACGCCUGAUGAACCAAUAAUUCGGCCUGACCGGCCAACCGAAGUUGUCGAAGUGAGAAAACGUCAUAGCAACAACGAAGAAAAUGGAGAAGCGGUGUGCAAUUGCACAAGCGAAAUAGAAGAAAAGCGAAGAAUCGACAAAUCGAAAAGAAGGAAAGGAAUUUACAUACAGUGGCCUGCAAUUGAUACGAACAUUGAUCCUGAGUCAGAUUCUAACGAAAAUUAUACACCGGACGAUAACUGGCGACCUGAUAAAUUAACAAUUGAAAAAGAUUCAAGCCUAGAUUUAAGCGGCGAAAGUUUCACCGAUCUCAGUACUAAAGACAUAACUUCUUCGCCGGAGAAAUCCAAAGAAACAGAACUUUUUCAUCGCGUUGAUCCUAAUUUGUUAGAUCCAAACACACCCGAGUCAGAUAUAUCUAGGCCUUCCUGGCCCAAAGGUUCCCGGAGGCAAAGCUUAACCUAUCAAAGUUCGGAUGAAAAAGAUGAUUCAACACCACUCGCUACGAUUCCUGUUCGUUCUUUCCGAAAUUUGUUCAUGCGCUCUGAUUCCGUAUCUGACAACGAAAGUGAACGAGCUUCAUCAAGGGAUCGCACAAGCGCCUCUCCUGCGCCAGUAGGUGAUCAUGACCUAAAGCGAUAUUCGAAACGGCCUUUGCGAGGUCCCUACGGUCAAAUGUUGGAGGCAGAAAUGAAGAAACCAUCGAAAGUGCAUUACAAUGAAAUUUUAGAAGAGCUUAGCAAGCACGAAAGCUCACAUUCAUUUCCCUCAUUUAGCAGAGGUCGUGGUAGUGGCAGCCAAUCGAUGGAUGAAACAAACGAUCGGCAUUCCAGCAAGCUUUUCAAGCCACGCAAAGCAAGUGCAAACCUACCGCUUCCUGCUCAUAACAGAACAGCUUCAAGCCCUUCGAAACUAGCUGAUCUAAGUAACAUAGAGAGCCUUCCGGUGGGAGGUACGAAACGCCAUCUGGGAAAUAUUGAACAAAAAAGUACCGAUUCUGACAGGUCCGAAAAAUCUAAUGGCAAGUUAGAAUCGAAAAAGUUCUCUCUUGAUAGCCAUCUUUCGGAAAAAAAUUCCAGUCACGACAAACACAGCAAACGAAGCUCUUCGGGAACGAGUGAUAAACAUCAAAAAAGAAGCUUGGAUGAUACGAGAUAUUCACACUCCAGUCGAACGCCAUCCGAAAGAAGCUAUGUUCUUAACACACCUGACACUCAAAAAAACCUUGUUGCCUCUCCAGAGUUACUGGCUGAACUACUCAAAGGUUCUAGUGAAAAGCUGGUAACUGAGCAGCUUUCAGGAGCCACCAGUCCUAGCAACGGCAGUAAUGCACUCCCAACGGCUGUUUUAAAAUACUUGGACACAAGAACCCAUGUCGUGGUAGAGUUAUUUAACACAGAAAAAUCAUAUGUAGAAUCAUUACAGACUAUAGUGUUGAAAUAUUUAAAUCAACUCAAAUCUCCCGAAAAUUCUGGACUGGUAGAUACUCAAACAGUAGAUGAAAUAUUUUUCAUGGUGCCAGCUAUCCUCAAUAUCCACGAACGAUUUCUCGAAGAAUUAAGACGACGCUUGGAUGCUUGGGAUCCAUUGCAGAAGAUUGGAGACGCAUUCGUAGAUGUGUUUUCCCGACCAGUGAUACUUGAUACGUACACGUCUUUUGUAGAUAACUGGAAUCGUGCUAAAGACGCUAUACGCGUAACUAGACAGAAAUGUCCAGCAUUUGCACGGUUCCUGGAAACCAUGGCUCGUGAGCAUAAAGGCAAAUUAUCGCUAGAUAAUUUGCUUAUCAAACCUGUACAAAAGUUUCCUAACUACGAGUUAAUAUUGAGAAGACUGUUAAAGCAUACUGACGUUGAUCAUCCCGAUCAGAAACUGCUAGAAGAAGCUUUAAAAUUGGUUCACGACAUCCUCGUGGUCCUUGAUUGUAAAGGAAAGGAAGCCGAAAUAAAUGGUCUGCGAGAAAAUGAGUUACGCGAACUGGAGGGCGUAAUCGAAGGCAUAAGUGAUCUGGUAACAUCUGAGCGCGCUUAUCUACAAUUCGAUCUCGUCUCGAUGCCUUCCAGUCAGGCAACUCGCAAGGAACGGGGAUUCUUUCUUUUCAACGAUAUCCUGGUUAUUACUAGCAUCAAACGACGUAGCGGAACAAUAAGAAAAACUAAUACGAUGUGUCCCAGUAGUGUAGUUUCUACAUUAGAUACAAACAAGUAUAAGUUUUUGACGAAAAUUUCACUUGACGAUUUAGAGAUAGUAAAACCCAAAGAUGAGAACGUUCGUCGUAUUAUGAAGGAAAUUGGACAUCUUUCAGGGGAUUCCGCUAAACUAUCUCAGAUGUCAGAACUUGCUGCUAGUUUGAGAAGUCCUCAUCAGUCACUCGAGGAAGCCAUUCGUGAUUUGCAGCGAGAGGUCCAGCGCCAACUUGCGGAGAGACAAACCAAUGAUGCUCAAUUAAAUGUUCUGGAACUGACGCUGAACUCAUCCAAUGGCAUUCAGAAUAUGACCGCGGUAUUCUCUAAACCAGAUAAGAGAGCUCAAUGGGAGGCAAAGUUCACGGAGGCCAAGCAAAAGCUUGCCAGUACUGUCGAACGGUGUCAAAUCCCUGAGUUCCUGUUAUCUGUACCAAUAAGAAAAACCCGAGCCGGCCUUCAGUUUACAUGUGCCUCCCCGACCCUGGGAAUUCAGCGUGACGUCUGGGUGUGUAAUAGUGACGGAUACGUCGGACAAGUCUGCGUUCUUAGCUUGGUGCCCGAGCCAACGGUGACUAGCUGCAAUGGAGUAUGUAACGCGAGAAUUCUUUGCGUGGCUUCUGUGCCAGCAGCUGAUAAUAAUUGCAUCAAUCAUUCGGACGCCCAUGCCAUAGCAGAAGAAUCUCCAUCGAUAGCUAGUACAAUUAAUUCAAUAGUCAAUUCCUCGUCAAAACCACGUGAAAAGCGAUCUUCCAAAACUGCUGAUGAGUCUGUAGUUAGUAAUGAGAAAAUUUCGAAAAACAUUCAGCUUGACUCGGAUAGUUCUAGCGAAGAAUCCGAAGCGGAAAGUCAACCAGAGAGCACAAUAAACCCUGCCGCAGUUACUGCCACAGCCAAUCUACCGAUUAUUCAUCGACACCAAGAGUCAAACACAGAGGAUGCCGACGUGCAGCAGUCAACUAUGUGGCUUGGCACUGAAGACGGUUGUAUUCACGUGUACAACUGCACCGAUAACAUUCGAAUUAAGAAAAACAAAAUUAAGAUUCCGCACAUAAGUGCUGUGUAUUCUAUUCUAUACUUGAACAACCGAGUAUUCGUGUCCUUAGCAAACGGGGACGUUUGUGUAUAUUCGAGGGAUCAUAAUGGAUGGAAUACAACCGCGCCUUUCACAGUAUCGGUUGGAACGGUUACUAGUCCUGUAACGAAAUUGUUGAACGUGCACGGCAAAUUAUGGUGUGCUAUCCAAGGGUCUAUUAAGGUGUUGAAUACGUCCACAUUACAGGUGGAUGAUCAAAUUCAAAUUUCAAACGAUGCGAAACCCGUCACCAAUAUGGCAGUAUUAAAUGAAUACGUCUGGAUAUCGGUGCAAAACUCUGCACACAUCAAAUGUUGUCAUCACAAAAGCUUCGAAAUAAUUUUUGAAGUGAACUUGGCUCCGUCAGUAAGCAAAAUGCUGUCCAACUGCGAUGACAUUAUUCGACAACACAAAGCAGCUUGCCUGCGAGUAACUUCCCUGUUGGCUUGCAAAGAUCUUAUUUGGGUAGGAACUAGUGCCGGUGUAUUACUUACUAUUGCUGCAUCGAAUGUGUCCAAAGGCACACCAGUUCCUGCCGUUACUGGUAUUCCACACGGUCAUACAGGACACGUUAGAUUUCUGACAUCUGUCGAAACUCCAGAUAGCGAUGACUUCCCUAAGGUCCCUCAAGACAAAUCUCUGCCUUCAAAUAGUAAACUAAAUCUUAACCUGUUAGUCAUAUCUGGGGGUGAUGGGUAUGAAGACUUCAGAAGCACAGGAAAUAACUCUUUGAGCGAGGUUGCUGGCCGAGAAGAUAGCACUAACCAUUUGCUGUUGUGGCAGGUCUAGUGCAUUAGAUUUUCUUAAAGUUAUGCUUUCAGCGUGUUCUCAAUGUUUACAUCUAGCAAAAUGCUCCCAAACUGAACUUGGCAAGCGGGUCUUGCUAUUUUUAUUUUCAGAUGAUUGAUGGAUGCAUUCGUUCGGAAAAUAUGAUUACAAUUUCAUAAAUUAUAUGACAAUAAAAAUCCACACUCAUGAAAUUCCAAAACAACGCUUUGUUUGUGGAAAUUAUGUGUACGUCAUGCAUGUGAACAUAUAUGAUUAAGUAAAAGUUGAACAUGUUAAAUAGUAUAAUAAUUCUUUGAAUGGCCUAAGUCCGGAAAUGCCGUAAGUUUAAAGUGGUUUUAUCGUUAUGUUGUCGGAGAUGUUUUUCAUACAUCUGCUAUUUAUAGUGUUGCCUAAAUCUUUCGAAAACUGCAUACAUUUACAGAGUACUACUCAAAUCAGUUCUGUAAUUGUUAAAACAUGAUGAUAUGAUAUAGGUGGAACAAAAAAUAGAUGAACGCAAAGAAUACCAAAUCGAAUUCACCCUGAAUAAUAAAAUCUGUGUAACUUAUUUAUUAUCGACUACUUCGUGGAACAAAAAUCUUAGUAAAAGUAAAUAACAUUGUCCUUCGAAUGAUUUUAGGUUUUUAUGAAAAACUACUCAUUUGUAAAGCGUUUUCGCAAUGUUGAACCAUAUGUAGCAAAUAUUCCAUGAACACAAAGAGGUUCAACCUGUUAGGUAAAAAUUAUAUUAAUGUUCAAAUACCUGAAAGGAUAACACUGUGAACUGUGCGAAAGAGAAAUAUAUAUUUAGCUAAUGUUCAACAAAUUUUUCCGACUACAUCGGAUAGCCAAGUAACGUUAGUCAAAUGAUAAAUUAUUUAUAAAAUUGAACAUGUAUACAGGUAUU